AUGUUAGACCCCGACGAAUCCCAUCAUUUUCCCGCCGGCGCCACCGCGGUUGACUCGUCGUCAAAGUUUCCGAUGGAUACCGACGGACGUCAUCAGCAGCUAAUCAACCUUUCCAAGCUACAAUCGCGAAUGGACCACGUUCAACGCUUCCUCUCCGAUUCACUCAACACCAAUACCAUCAUCGGAGAAUCGCAGAUGGAGAUUGUCUCCAAGGAGAUCACCUCCGCCAUCAACCAAGUAAUCGUCAAUGGAGCCGCCCUCCUUUCCUGCACCGGACUCCCAAAAUCAAAAUCAGAAACCCCCAAUCUUUCCGUACGGACGACAAGUUUGACUUUUGAUUCGAAACACUCACCGGAAUCCGAUUUGAUUCUGAAUCAUUUGAAGCACGAUGUUGAUUUAGGGGUUCCGAAAACCGAGGUUUUCGGUGAAGAAAUUAGAGACGACGAUUGGGAUAUUGUGGAGCUUGAUGCUGUGGAGCUCCUAGCAGAACACUUACAUUUCUGUGAAUUAUGCGGUAAGGGUUUCAAACGAGAUGCGAAUCUUCGAAUGCACAUGAGAGCUCAUGGCAACAAGUUCAAAACCCUAGAGGCGCUUUCGAAGCCUGAGAAAUCAGGACUGUCUUCUUCUUCUGAGUUGACUCGUGGUGGUAGAACGCGGUUUUCGUGCCCAUUUGCUGGUUGUACCCGAAACAAGCUGCACAAAAAGUUCAGACCUUUGAAAUCUGUGAUCUGUGUGAAGAAUCACUUCAAGAGAAGUCAUUGCCCGAAGAUGUAUUCCUGCAAUCGAUGCCAUAAGAAGAACUUUUCUGUGCUUGCUGAUCUGAAAAGCCAUUUGAAGCAUUGUGGGGAGAUAAAAUGGAAGUGUUCAUGUGGGACAAGUUUUUCAAGGAAGGAUAAGUUGUUUGGGCACAUGGCUCUCUUUGAGGGACACAUGCCUGCCAUGCCGGAAGAGGUGGUGGUGGAGGAGGAUGAGAAAGCAAAAGGGGUAGCAGUGGCACCGGCACCUGCACCAGCACUGGCGGCAGUGGUGGUGGAAGAUGCAGAAGGUGGUGGUGGUUGUAAGGUUGCGAAGGGGAUGGAUUGGAUCGAUAACACCAUGGAUGAUGGUUUUUUCGAUGGAUUGGGUUCACUUGAUGAUGACUUUUGCAUGCAGGAGCUUCUUGUUUCUUCUAAUGGAUGUUUCGAUUGGAAUUCGUAG